AUAUAUUUAAAUACCUACCUACAUGUGGAUGAAUAAAGCGUGAAAGAUAAAUAGGAUAAACCGGCUGUAUCCUGGAACGUCGUUACUAUUAAUUAUUGUUAAUGUAAUUGAAUUAUGAUCACAAAGUUUAAUUGUAAAAAUAUCACCUGAACCACACAAUGUUUGUACUAGCUGAACUAAAGGAUACUGUUCGUAUUGCUCCAGAACUUUUCAAUUUGAAGCUGCCGGAGGCAAUCAAGGAUGAAGUCAAUAGAAAGUUGGCCAAUAAGGUCCUGUUGAAUGUUGGCCUGUGCAUUGCAUUAAAAGACAUUGUAAAGUUGGGUGAUUCUAUUAUCCUGCCCGGAGACGGUGCCUCUCACACGGAAGUCAAUUUCCGCUACAUAGUAUUCCGUCCCAUGAUAGGGGAUGUUAUCACAGGAAAAAUCAGAAGCUGCAGUCGAGAAGGUGUGCACGUAACAUUAGGAUUCUUUGACGAUAUUCUGAUACCGCCAUCGGCACUACAGCAUCCCUCCCGGUUCGAGGAAGCCGAGCAGGCUUGGGUUUGGGAAUACCCGCUGGAGGAUGGCAAAAAGCACGAUCUUUACAUGGACAUUGGCGAAAAUAUUAAGUUUCGCGUCUCUGGAGAAGUGUUUGAGGAAAGUUCUCCAAUUGGCCCACCUGAUCAGGAAGCUCCAAGUACAAGUACGACAACGACGGACGCCAAUAAAACCCCUUAUCGGAUUAUGGCUGCGAUCAACGAGUCCGGCUUGGGCUUGCUAUCCUGGUGGGUUACCCAAAGCCAGGAAGAAGACGGCGAGGAAGAACAGGAAGCCGAAGAGGAGGACGAAGACGUGGAAGAAGAAGAUGAAUGAAAGAGUUGUAAAAUGUGUCUUGGUAUCAGCUUUCUGGUUUUAUUUUAUUUCAUUAUCAUGUAAUAGUUAUUGUAAUAUAGAACUAUUUAUUACAUUUCUUGGAAAUAA